AUGCAUGUGCAUUGCCAGAGCAUAAUGUGGCUGACCCUCCUUGUGUAUCAGCUUGUCCUGAUUCUCCAGUCUGAAGCUCAGAAUGCCUGCCUCACCCACCCAACAUUCAGAGAGCCAGACAACUCUGAUAUCACAGUCGUGUGUGGCACAAACAGGAUGGAUCUGCAAAUUCUGCUGUGUCCCAUCUACUUCAGUGGAUAUAAUGAAUUCACAAUGGCCCUUAAUGGUCUGUUUUCCAAGCCCGAGUGCAAAGGAACGGCUGACUGGAUCGCCAAUCCACCUGUCCUGAAAUUCCAAUUCUACAUCACUGAAAUGUCCAUAUCCGCCUGCUCCAACAAGCUGAUGAUCACUCAGGAGGUGGGAUCAGGGCUGUUCUCAGAUUUCUCUAGCGUGCAAUCAGUGAACAUCUCUGGGUUGGUCAGCUCUCUGGACCCAAAUGCUGGAACCAUCACCUACCGGCAAGAGAUGAUGUACCUCUUUUCCUGUAGAUACCCGCUGCAGUACUUAGUGAACAACACAAAGAUGAGUGUAUCUGGAGUGAAUCUGGCAAUUAAAGACAAUAACGGUAGUUUUAUCAGCACACUCAGCAUGCAGCUAUUCGAGGACAUCACAUAUACAACUCGUCUCUUUGUACCUCCAACCGGCCUCAUGCUGAAGACCAGGAUUUUUGUGGAAGUCCGUGCCACUAAUCUCACACAAAGGUUCAAUGUUCUGUUGGAUCGAUGCUAUGCAACCACUAGCCCUUAUCAAGUCAACAGCACAUCUUUUGACCUGUUUGUUGGAUGCACUCAAGAUCCACAAACCGUAAUUGGUGUGAAUGGAGAACAACAGGUGGCACGCUUCUCCUUUGAGGCUUUUCGCUUCAUAGAGCAUAAGAACAGGACAGUGUCAACAUUUUAUGUUCACUGUGCUACCAGACUCUGCGAGACCUCUUUCUGUAGAUCCUUACACCAGAAUUGCACAAGUUCUGUGAGGAGGAGGAGAGAAGUCCAAUCGGCUCAAGGAACCUCAGUGAGUGAUGUUGCCACGGUCACCUCUGGACCAAUCUUCACAAAAGUGGACAGUGUUGUUGUAGGAGAACCAACUGCACCUGUUUCUGCAGUGUAUCAGGAUCUGAAACAGGAAGAGAUGGUGGUGGGCGUUUCCGUGGCAGCAGGGGUAUUUGGUCUGUUGUGCAUCAUCAUGCUAGCUGUGCUUGUCUGCAGGAUCCACUGGGAGAAGUCCAGUAAAAACAAAGCAUUCAUAUUCCACUAA